GAUCACCCUUUUUUGAUAAAUUUCCCUAGGUAACAAAGAUGGAUUUUGUACAACAUGUAAGGCACUCUAGAGCAAAGCAUCUGGAUGAUUUUUCCAACACCACAACUCUGUUAUUGGAGGCAACCAUGAGAGGAGAUCAAGAAGACUUGGCCAAUGUGUUAAGACAAAACUCAAGGAGUUCUUGAAGAUGCAGACAUGGUGUCAACAGCAACUCCAUUGCACAAAGCCUCAGCUUUGGGUUUAAACCAAGAUGGUUUAACUCCUUUGCACUUGGCUUCUUUAAUGGGAAAUCUAGAGGUUUUGAAGGAGCUAAUUUGUCUAGGUAAAGACCUGUCUUCUCAAGGAUAUAUAUGGGAGACACCUCUCCACUGUGCUGCCAUGAUGGGGAAACUUGAAGCUAUGGAGGAAUUGCUCGGCGCGUGCCCGGAAUCUGCCAUGUCAGUGACUGCAAGAGAUGAGACACCUCUUCAUGUUGCUGUCAUACACAAUCAGUUUCAGGCCUUCAAGCUGUUGGUGGAGUGGGUUGAGAAGAGAGAUAAAUUGGAGCUCAUCAACAGGAAGGAUUAUGGUGGGAAUACAGUACUUCACCUGGCUACAUCAAGAAGACAAUACCAGGCUUGUUCCAUGACUUGCAUAUUGUCAAUCCUCGUGGGAGAUACUGAAGGUAUUAAUUUCCAAAAUUGUUAGAUUUCAUUUUGUAAUUUUACUUGAGUUAAACAAUAGAGUACUUAUGGUUUCUAUGCUAAAGCCUACAUGCACCAACAGUAGUGUUGGCCACCAGUAAUUGUUGGAUUAGUGAACCCACAUUUUUUUUUUUUGGUAUUACGGUAAAAAUUGUCAACGCCAGCUUAUGUACACCUUGACUAGUUCCCUUCUUGAUUCUGUCAAAGACAAAUCAUUUAUUCUGAGACUAACCUGGUCUCAAUAGAGUUGUCAAGUUUCAACCCACUAAUCGAUUUCAAAUGGAAGGGAUAAGAAAGGGUCAAUGCACCAAUAGUAUUU